AUGUGGAUCUCGCCAGCACUGCUCACGGCAGCAGCAGCGCUGACUGGUAUUUCGUCUGCCCUGCCAAGUAAACAUGAUGGCCAUUGCGGACCGCUGAAAGGAAAUUUCACGAUCAAGAAAUAUCAACUCUAUCCCGAAAAUGCGGACUUCGACCCUGAUAACUGUGUUCUCUACCUUGGACAACUCUGGAACGCUUCUCUAGGCGUCUAUGACCCCUUCAAAGACAAAUAUCUUGAAACCAUUGAGUUUGACGGCAUCUCACACAAUCCCGCAUUCCACCUCGGUGGCGUCGGUUUCGACAAACGCACUGGUCUCCUCUCCAUGGUCGCCGACGCCGCACCAACCUUCGGAACCUUGGGCCAAGACAUCUCAGGCACCAACUGGCUCAUGAAAUACGACCCCAAAUCCCACACCAUGAUUUACAAAAUCAACCUAACCGAAUCCUCGCAAGGCAAAUACGGCGGCUUCCAAGAUGUUGAGCAAGACCCCGAAGGAAAUGUUUAUGUCAUCGGCACCUUCCCCAGUACCAUCACCAAAGUCAGCAAGGACGGGAAAACAGUAGUACCCUGGUAUUUACCUGAAGUCAUUGACCACACGAAACGCGGUACCGGUGGUCUCGCAGCCUUAGACUGGAUGCUGCUAGUCCAGGGCGAUCAGUCCGGGGCGAUUUGGAGGUUCGAUAUGCGCGCCGAAAAAGGUGUCCCCCAUCCCGUCAAAAUCGUCUCCGGGAACCACACCUUCGGAGACUCAGACGCCAUCUACCUACCCCCCAAAUACAAAGGCACAGUUCUCCUCGUCGCCGAAGACUCCGCUGGAAUUUCGGUGUUCAGAAGUAAGGAUGCGAAGUGGGAGACGGCUGAGUAUAAGGGGAUUAUUACGGGUGCGAAUGCCGAUAUCUUUAAUACUGCACCCAUACAGAUUGGAGAAAGUGUUUAUACGAUUUUGGAACCGUUUGGGGAUGCUGGGUUGGGAGGACCCGGUACGGCGGGGAAUAGGACGGAUUUUGUGGUUAGGGAUAUUAGUGAGGAGGUGGAGAGGUUGCUGGCUUUGUAGAUGGAAGGAUGAAGGUGAG